UGUUGUUGUUCUCUUGCAGAUGUCGUUAUUUCUUCCUUUUCUGUUGGUCGUUUCUCAUUCGGAACCAGAAUUAAAUCCAUGGCUUCUGACACAGGUAACAAGAGGAUGCCGUGUCCCCUGAACGGCUGUAGGCGGGUGUACUCCAACACCAGCGCCCUGGAGCUCCACGUUAAAGAACACGAGAUUCCUGCUCAGUCUAUAGCCGGAAAGGUGUUGCUGUGCUCCACCACAGGCUGCAAUGGAUCCUUCCCCAACAUGCAGAAGCUGAUGGAACAUACGCGGCAUCAUCACAAACCCAACAUUUUCUUCAUGUGCGAGAGUUGUCGAACAAAGCUGCGUUCCUAUCGAGGUCUCCUGACGCACCUGCACACCUGCUCUAAAGUACCACGUGCUAAAGCAAAGCCAGUGGAGCCCACUGCUCUGUCACAGCCUGUUAUUACUACUACUACUGCUGCUGUUGUGAGCAACACAAACACCACUGCCACAUCUGUAGACCAGAGAAACCAAAGGCAGGAUCCAUCGUCCACUCCUCAACAACCAGUCUCGCAAUUGGCCAACCAACAGGGCAACUUCCCCACUGCCCCUCGACCGGGGUCCACUUACAGUCCUCUCAUCCGUCCCUCUGUGCUGUCUUUCCCAGAGAGACUUGCUUCUCCACAGCUCACAGGUCUGCCUGUCCAGCCGUCCCCUCUUAACUCAGAUGGCCAGUCUGCAGCUCCAGAAUCUUCCGAAGUGAGAGGUCAGAACCAGACACUGGGCAGGUCACCAGAGUCCAUUCACCCUGCUCCAGUAUCGGCUCCACAGUCUCCUCCUGGGCCUGUUGCAAUCUGGAAAAAGAAUCAAGGAAUGGCGUGCUACAGUCGUAUCCUGUGGGAGCACACCAAAGGUCUGUACACCUGUGUGCAGUGUGGCCAGACGGCAAGCAACCGAAAAGAAAUGACUCAACACAUCAACGCCUACCACAGUGGAAACAAAGCGGCAGAAGAUUCUAGAAAAACUGCCAGUGACACUUAGUUGGUGACAAGCGUGAAAAGAAAAUACAGCACCGUCCAACAGUAACGUAUCAUGGUGUUUAUGUGAGGAAAUGUUAAGGUAACAUUAAAAAUUCAUUGAAACUCA